CGUCAAAAACACAUUAAAAAUGCUUUAUAAAUAAGACACAGUAUUAUGUGAGAUAUUAAAAAAUAAACAAAACCAUUAAUUCCAUAAAAUCCAUCAAAAUGUAAAUGAAACCAGAAUCGUGUAGUCCAACACUGACGAGAUUUAACCUAUAAUAAUGCAUUAAGCAAAAGCAAAUAUUUGCGGAACAGCUGUUGAAUAAUUUGCAUAAAUCAACGUUGGAACAACACUUUGGGCUCUAGUUCUGUAGGGCUGCCCGUUGAAAAUUAAUUAUUAAUGCAUCUGCUGGGAAGGAUAUACACGGCUGUCCUUGGCAGCAAGUGCAGCAACAGUGAGUGACAGGCGGCAAUCACAAAAGACUUGCAGCAACAGCAGUUGCAACAACAUCAACCAUGGCCAGUGGCAACAAUGAAACUGCGCCGCUCUACUGUGGCAGCGGCAUGGAUAAUUUCCACACAAGCUACAAAAACAUGCAUGGCUAUGUUUCGCUGGUGGUCUGCAUCCUGGGCACCAUUGCGAAUACCCUAAAUAUUAUUGUGCUAACGCGACGGGAGAUGCGUUCCCCGACGAAUGCCAUUCUCACGGGUCUGGCGGUGGCCGAUCUGGCAGUUAUGCUGGAGUAUAUACCCUAUACCAUACACGACUACAUCCUAACGGAUAGUUUGCCGCGAGAGGAGAAGCUCAGCUACAGUUGGGCUUGCUUUAUCAAGUUCCAUUCGAUUUUUGCCCAGGUCCUGCAUACCAUAUCGAUAUGGCUAACCGUAACCCUGGCCGUUUGGCGUUACAUAGCUGUGGGCUAUCCCCAGAAGAAUCGCGUUUGGUGUGGCAUGAGAACCACUAUAAUAACGAUAACCACAGCUUAUGUUGUAUGUGUCUUGGUGGUAUCCCCUUCACUUUAUUUGAUCACGGCUAUUACGGAAUAUGUCGAUCAGUUGGACAUGAAUGGCAAGGUGAUAAACUCGAUUCCCAUGACCCAGUAUGUAAUUGAUUACCGUAUCGAGAUAAUGAGUGCUAAGGCGGCUGCUUUAAAUGCCACGCCUCCUAGUAUUGCACCGCUGAAUGAAACUAUGUGGAUGAAUGUGAGUUCCUUGAUAACGUCGACCACCACUUCGGCACCACCCACUCCAUCGCCAGUGGUGCGAAAUGUGACGGUCUAUCGGCUGUACCACAGUGAUUUGGCGCUGCACAAUGCCUCACUGCAAAAUGCCACAUUUCUUAUAUACAGUGUUGUGAUCAAGCUGAUCCCGUGCAUAGCACUUACCAUACUGUCGGUUCGGCUGAUCAUGGCAUUAUUGGAGGCGAAGCGGCGCAGAAAGAAACUGACCAGCAAACCCAUUGCUCCGGCAGCCAGUAAUGGUACCAAAUCGAUGAUCAACGGAAAAGCCGCCGAUAGACCGAGGAAAAAUAGUAAAACCUUGGAGAAGGAGAAGCAGACGGAUCGUACUACUCGGAUGUUGCUGGCGGUGCUGCUGCUUUUUCUGAUCACCGAAUUUCCACAGGGGAUUAUGGGUCUGCUGAAUGCCGUACUCGGAGAUGUCUUCUAUCUGCAGUGCUACUUAAGACUGAGUGACCUCAUGGACAUUCUGGCCCUGAUCAACUCCAGCAUCAACUUCAUUCUGUACUGCUCGAUGAGCAAACAAUUCCGGACAACGUUCACGCUGCUAUUUCGUCCCAAAUUCCUGGACAAAUGGCUGCCGGUGGCGCAGGACGAGAUGGCAGCAGCUCGAGCCGAACGCUCGGCGGUGGCACCUGUCCUCGAAAAAGGACGACAACAGAGCCAGGUGGUGACGGCCGCCACGACCACCAAUAUCACACAGGUGACGAAUCUGUAGCACAGGAGGAGGAGUCGUGGUGGCCGCACCCUGCUCAGCUGCCUGCUGAGUGUCCUGAAACGCAGCAGAAGGGAGUCCUCCGGCGGAAGAGGAGGAGGAGGAGGUCCUGUGGCCGGAAACGGGGCAGUGGAGCCUGAGGCGGAUCCCCUGGCCCUGCAGUUCCAGGCCGUUGUUGUUGUCGUGGACAAGGUGAGCGGGGCCACGGAUCAUCAGCUGUAUACCGCAGAACCAUCUCGAAUUGUGACGUAGUGUCACCCAGAUGAUAUAUAUUAUACGCUUAGUUACCCUUGUAAAAAGUGAACUAGUUGUAUAAGAGUCCCCAGCUAAGCUCGAGUUAUUUGCAUACUUUGGUGAGAAAUCGUAAAAGCCGCAUGGUAAUAGCAAUAAAACGCUUGCACAUCACUCAUACGCACCAUUGGAUUCGGCUAUAUUCCCUCUUCACACUCAAGUGGAAGCUGUAAAAAUACUGUGCAUGAAUUCGCAAAUAAAACUUACAGCUGGGAUCAAAAUAUUAGUACUACUACCUUCGCUUUAAAAAUGUUUCAAAUUUUUGAAAUACUUUAAUUUUGUACUUACCUUAAAUGCUAUUAUAUUACUCCAAAGAGACCUUAUUUUGUUUAAAUGGAAAACGUAUUAUUUUUCUUUUUAUCAAACAUACUUCUUAUUUUAUAUUUGGAUAAAGUUUAAAUUUGUAUGUUAAACCCCUAAAAACUAUCUGCACAGCUAUUAUUUUGAACACAGCUGUACAGCUUUUCUACAUCAAUCAAAUCAAAAAUGGUAAGCUCUUGCAUCUUUUUCAUUUUGAUCCCAAGCGCUUUCAUGUUGAUUUCAUUCGCAUAAAGUAUGCAAUAAACGUGCUCACUCAAAACUACGAAUUUUUGGCAUCGAUUUAAGGAGUAUAUAUUUGCAAGAUGUUGUAAAUACAUAAAAUAUAGACACACAUUUAUGUCCGUAUGUUUAUUAAUGGCAAAUUAGACUUAAUUGUACGCAAGAAUGUCUUAGAAAUAUUUUUAUAAACUUAGUUGAAACGAUUUUGAUGCAACCAUUGGAAAAAUAAAUGGCAGUUGCAGUGAAAUGCGUUAGUUAAAUAAAAUAUUUUGUAAAUUCUUUUAUACGAAAUCGGAUUUUGGGCUGUGAAUGAAAUUAUGAUUUUCCUUAAACUCGUUUGGGAAUUCUCUCACGUUUCAUGGGUUUUUUCUGAAUUUAUUGGAAAUAAUUUAAAGGCAGUCACUGCAUCUGACCGAAUAAUCCAAUGAAACAAUGCAUAAAUAUUUGCAAACCUUUCCUCUCUUGGGAAAAUUGCAAUUGAAAUCGCUUAAGCCCCUCGACAAAUGACAAAUGGCCAGCGAACGCAUAAAUUAUGAUGAUUGAAGUAUUUGCAAUUGAGCCCCGACAAAUAUUUUCAAUCUCGUUAAUAAUGAACACAUAAAUCAACCACACACGACCUAAAAAUAAGUACAUGUGAAUACACAAAAAAUAAAUGUAAUUAUGUGUUGCUUUUACAACGAUUAAAUUAGCUACUAAAUUGAAGAAAAUUACUCUAAAUCCUAUAUAUUUAAUUAUAAAGUUGCCACUUUGCUUACUGAAAGUAAGCGUAAAUAAUAGAUUAAUUGUUGUUUGUUAUACCCAUUUAAAUUGACGGAUAAGUGUGAUUUAAACUACUCAAUUAACGAAUUGAGGGCCACAAAAAAAGGUUUAUGAAAGCGUAAUUAAGUUUUUAUAUAGCUAAUGAAAAAAGGUUUAAAUCGAAUUGAACAGCUCACUGAUUGGUAUUUAAAUUUAAGCAAAAGGCUAAAAACACAUAAUAAAAUUGAAUU